AUGGUGGAAGGCCAGGAGGCGCACCGCUUGUUCGAGGCACCGGAUUUGCACGAGAUGGCGAGAACAGGAGAUCUCGACGGAAUGAGAAGAUUGAUUUUAUCAAAGGAUGACGACGACAAAGUGAACGCGUUGGACCCGGCGGGGAGGACGCCGUUACAUUUCGCGGCUGGGUUUGGGCGAGUCGCGUGCGUGAAGUUUUUGCUAGAGAGAGGGGCGAAGUUAGAGGUGAGAGAUUUGUGGUCCAAGGCGCCCGUGGAUUGGGCGUUACAAUCGAAACACGAGGAAUGCGUAAAGUUGAUGAGAAUAAAAGCGAUCGAGACCAAUCUCGAGAUUGGUGGAAGAGGGCAAGUCUCUCCGUUGAGGACAUAUCACGAGUAUUGUUACGAUUUGACGACGGAGGAAGUCGAGGAGAGGUUGGAGCAAGACAGGAAAACCGCGAUGGAGCAAUACGAAAAGAUGAGCGAGGAAGAGAGGAAACAGUUUCGCGAAUCAAACGGGGUGGAUCCUGCCCAGCCGGUGCCAUUUUAA